UGCUGCGGGGAGCCCGAUCUGAUAGGGAGCAGGGGCUGACACUACCCCCGUGUGGGCGGCGGAACGUCCCGAGGAUGACGUGCGGCGUUCUCGAAUCCCGUGUCUCGCUCGCUCGCUCGCCGCCGCCGCCGCCGAAGGAAACGGGAAAAGCAACAAGGAGGCAGGAGCAGGCGCGGCGCCAUGGCGGCCCUGGAGCGGCCCGUGCCCAGUCCCGAGGCGUUCCUGGGCCAGCCCUGGGCCGCCUGGGUGCGGGAGGCCGCCCCCCCGCACGCGCACGGCGCCGCCCCCCCGCACAGUGUAGAUCUAGAAGAGACUGGAAAGGAGGGUGGAAAAAGCAGGGAGGUUAUGAGGCUUAAUAAAGAAGAUAUGCACUUAUUUGGCCAUUAUCCAGCUCAUGAUGAUUUCUAUCUUGUAGUGUGCAAUAUCUGCAAUCAGGUAGUCAAGCCACAGGUUUUCCAGUCACACUGCGAACGAAGACACGGUUCAAUGUGUAAACCUUCCCCUUCUCCAGCUUCUCCAGCCUGCAAUUCCAGGACAUCCCUAGUACAGAUGAAACCGAAAUCCUGUAUCAGCGGCCAUAACCCUGUCAGCAGCAACUCAAAGCCAUUCAAAACGCCCAAAGACAAUCUACUUACCUCCAGUAGCAAACAGCACACAGUCUUUCCUUCAAAAGUGUCACGGGAUAAACCAUGCGUUCCUGUUCCAGUAGUCAGUCUAGAGAAAAUUCCUAACCUAGUGAAGGCAGAUGGUGCCAAUGUUAAAAUGAAUUCUGCAACCACUACCACCAUCACCUCCUCCUCAACGUCUUCAUCCACCAUACCUCCUCCAACUCUGGUUAAAUCUGGUUUGACAUCCAAGUCAGUGCCACCAUCACCAGAAAAGAUUCUGAAUGGCAAAGGAAUUGUAGCUCCAUCAAUAGACAAGAAACACCAAAAUGGCACUAAAAGCAGUAACAAGCCUUACAAAAGACUGUCAGAAAGAGAAUUUGACCCAAAUAAACACUGUGGAGUACUGGAUCCUGAAACAAAGAAACCUUGCACAAGAUCGCUCACCUGCAAGACUCAUUCACUUAAUCAUCGACGAGCAGUUCCAGGCCGUAAAAAACAGUUUGACAUCCUUCUAGCUGAACACAAAGCUCGAUCCAGGGAAAAAGAAGUUGCAAAAGACAAAGAGCAUCCACCAUCUGCAAGGGAAAGCUAUCAGAGCCAGCCCACACCAGCACAAGACUCUCUGUCAGGAUCUUCAGUGAACUCUGGGCAAGAAUCUAAAGUAACAUCUCCUGCAAAAUCUAGACCACCAAAUUCUGUACUUCCAAGACCAUCAUCUGCAAAUAGCAUAAACAGCAACAGUUCUUCAAACCACAGUGGGUACGUACCAGAACUGCCACUGCCUUCCAUGGGAGGAGAUUUAACAAGCAGAUUGUCCAGUGAUGAAGGAGAAGCGGAUGGAGCUGAAGAAUCUGAGAAAUUAGACUGUCAUUUUUCUGGACACCAUCCCAGACCUCUUGGGUUUUGUUCAUACGGCAGUCGCUUAAUGGGAAGAGGGUAUUAUGUCUUUGACAGAAGAUGGGACCAUUUUCGAUUUGCGCUAAACUCCAUGGUAGAAAAACACUUGAACUCACAGAUGUGGAAGAAAAUUCCUCCUGCAGCAGAUAGUCCCAUGCCUUCUCCAGCAGCACAUGUCUCCACUCCUUUUCCAGCAUCAGUUUUACAGCCUUUCAGCACCCCCAGUGCGGUGUAUAUUCCUUCAACACCUAUCAGUUCCAGAAUCACUUCUUCUUCUUACCUAAUGACAUCAGCCAUGUUAUCAAAUGCAGCCUUCGUGACAACAUCAGAUACGAAUUCCAUUAUGUCACACACUACAGCUUUUCCUCACAUGGCUGCGAGCCUAAGUAUCAUGGACUCAACUUUCAAGGCACCAUCAGCUGUGUCACCAGUGCCAGCAGUCAUCCCUUCCCCAUCCCACAAGCCAUCCAAAACAAAAACCAGCAAAUCCUCAAAAGUGAAAGACCUGUCAUCUCGGGGUGAUGAGUCUUCAAGUAACAAAAAGAAAAAGCCGCAGUCGUCGUCCUCAUCAUCAUCGUCAUCGUCCUCGUUAUCUUUGCAGACAUCUUCCUCGUCUUCAUUUUCAGGGUCCCACAAAAAGAACUGUGUCCUGAACCCCAGUUCGACUUUGAACUCCUAUCAGGCUACAUCUUCCUAUAACAGCAUGUCUCUGCACAAUACAAAUAACGGAACAAGCCCACUCAGUGCCAAAUCGGAGCCCUCAGGACGGACUUCAUUAUCAAGUAGUUCAACGGACUCAGUGAAACAUAUGAGCAUGGUAGUAAGCAGUAUUGACUCUUCUAAUCUGUCUGUAUCUUCUCUUGUGCAUCACUCAGGGGACCACUCCCUGGGAGCACAUAACGCAGUGUCUUCUCUACCCCUUUCUUUUGACAAAUCAGAAGGAAAAAAACGUAAAAACUCUAGUUCUAGUAGCAAAGCCUGUAAAAUCACUAAAAUGCCUGGUAUGAAUAGUGUUCAUAGAAAGAGCACUGCCAACCUUAUUUCUGCGGUGCCAGAUCCUACAAGCAGCUCCAUCUCUCGGCAGAUUGGGAAAAAUAGCAGUGUAGCUUUGUCACAAUCCAGUCCUUCGAGUACAUCAAACCCUGUACACAACAGACAAAAGACGUCAAACCGGACUGGUAGAAUAAGGACUCUUCCAUGACAAGGAAAAGGAACCAGCCUAUAAUCUCUAGCUCUCAGCAGCCCUACGCCACAGGGUUUUUUCUUUUCUAUGUCCUGCAGAUGGAUUUAACCUUUUAUGAAUUUGUGGUUUUAAAGAGAAUUAAAUUUACAGACAACUGUAAUAGUGAUUUGUUUAGUUUUUCACUUGUAUUUGCCACUGAUCUGUGUGUUCUGCUUGGUUAUGUUUCAUGCCUUUUAAAGCUGUUAGCGUUGCAAUGCUCCCUUUGUUUCUUACCAGAACACAACGGACAUUCCAAGAAACAAAAGAAAUCCAGAUCAUGAUUUGAAUUAAUUUAAAGGAUCUCCAAAUGUUUUCAUGAAAUAAAAAUUACAGUAAUUCUGUAUUUAAGCUUGUCCUAUGGAUAAAAAUGGAGUGCAUUUCUUAGUAACUUGCAAACAGCUGGGGCACUGCAACUUUAGGGACUAAUCCUGACUGGUGCUUUGUACCUACAGCAUUUAAUAAUUUCAACGGGAAUUCUAAGUGUUCAGCCUCUUCCAGGAUCAGGCUCUUAAGGAACCUCCACUUCAAUCAAUGCAGAGCGCGUUUUUGCACCAAACUGUAGUUAACGUUAUCAGGGGCUCAGUGUGUAACAUCCCUGUAUCCCGGUGGAUUUGUAGACCCUCAAGAUCAUGGCACUUGAUAGCUUCAGUGAACAGUUUGGGUUUGCAAGGGCAGGAGUUGAGCAGAUUGACUUGCAUUAAUAGAAUUGCACUGACAGUGUUUCUUAUAGGAUUACUGAAUAAUUUUUUUAAUAAAAGGUAGAUUUUUUUUAAUCAGUAAGCCAAUACUGGAACAACAGAACAGAGCAGUUAAUUUUUCUUUCUACAGUGUUAAAAGUGCACUUAUAUGCUGGUUUAUUUACAUCUUUGGUGGGGGGGUGGGGGGGAAGACGAGAGACUGCAAAUAGGGAGAUUAUUACUACUUUCUUUUUUAAAAAAAGAAGGCUUAAGGCAAAUUUUAAGGCUAAAAAAGUUGAAGCAAUUAUAAACAAGGUUGGACCCUUUGAAAAAAGUUUAGAAAUAUUCUUAAAGUAAAUUUUUAUAGUGUUAAUUUUGUAAUAAUUUAUGUUUUGCUAUACUUCAGAGCUAACUGACCGCCAUAGUUUCAGAAACAGUAUGAAACUUAGGAAAGUUGAAGCAAUGUUUAUAUUUUUAAGAUGUUCUUUGAAUUAUGUUUUUAUUGUACAUUUCUUCAGACUGAAAAAAAAAAUGUGUACAUAUCUUGGUUAUUUUUGCACAAUUUUUGUCUCGUUCAGUUGUAGGAGCAGUGCUGUGUGGAUUAUUUUCUUUCUUUCCUUUAAUUUAUUUUGAGUUAUAAAACUGCAGGAGUUUAAAAAUCUCAGUCACAAAGUCAUCCUCUGUAAUCAAUGAACUGCUAUUUCUAGUCAUUGAGGGAAAACAGUGGUUGGGAGAUCCAGUGGUUGCUUCUGAGAAAUAAUGCUAAUCAAUGACUGAAGGAGCGAUUUUGUACUUUUUAGGAAGCUUUAGCUCUAUCCAUGCAUCUUUUAAUUGGAAAGCUGGAAAAUGGAGCCUGUCCUUUUGAAUGCUGCUUAAAUGUUUUUCAACUGGCUUACACCUGACAGCAUUUGAGGAGAGUUAAGUGUGAACUAAAACCCCAUGGUGUUCUUUCAUCAUCAGAGAGUCAUUAUGUAAUUCUGUGGAUCAAAAAUUUCAGCCUGCAAAGUGAAGUGGAAGUAAACAUUGGGAAAAAAAUCCGGAGACAAACUGGACCAGCCUGUAAUGCAUCCUUAGCGUAGCAUUCACUCGGUAGUUCUUUUUCUCCCCCAUUUGCCUGAAAAUCGUGUGAUUUGUUUCCAGCAAUAGAGGCUCAGAAGCUUUGGUUGUUACACAUUCGCAAUGCAUAGGCCCGUCAGCCAUAAAAAGCGACUUGGAUAACUUGUAUGCCUUCUUUUGUAUCAAUGUAACAAUUGUACAUAGUGCUGAUCGACCUUUGUAGAGAAUAGUUUAUACAGCAUAUUCUAUUAUUGCUGAUUCUCAGUGAACUAUUGUUUUAAAAAAAAGAAGAAAAAAAGAAAUUUUUCUAUUUACACCUUAUAUUUUGUUAUGCUGUUGACCCAUGGCACUUUAACAAAACUCUGUGGGUUUUGCAUAGCUGGUCAGUCAUGGGAUAUAUUAAAUAACUGUUGUUGCACAGAAAUGAAUUUGCACCUGCUAUAUUGUGCUUUCCUACUACAGAUUUUAGAACCUUUUCCAGAAGACUUUUGAAGAAAGCAUGUCCAAUCAUUCUAAG